AUGCCUGAUCCCUCAGGCUGGUCUGGGCAGGUGGGCUCCUGGUCUGCAGGAGGGCUUAUGGUCUACAGGAGGGCUGUGCUGUGGGGAGGAGUCUGUUUGGAGUCCAGUUUGGAGCUGCAGGAGGUCAGCAGCCUGUGUGGCAGUGGGGUUGCUGAAAAGGAGAUUAACUGGAUCUUCUAUGAGAUCCUCCAGGUUCAAAAGCUUGACCCCUCCCAGAAGGGCAUCAAGGAAGGACGGGACUAUGCUGAGAAGGAGAAAGCUGCAGCCAAGGCCCUGGAGGAUGUGAAGGCUAACUUCUACUGUGAACUAUGUGACAAGCAGUACCACAAACACCAAGAGUUUGACAACCACAUCAAUUCUUAUGACCAUGCUCACAAGCAGAGAUUGAAAGAUUUAAAACAAAGAGAAUUUGCUCGAAAUGUGGCUUCAAAGUCAUGGAAAGAUGAGAAGAAACAGGAAAAAGCACUCAAGCGACUCCACCAGCUUGCAGAGUUACGGAAGCAGUCAGAAUGCAUCACUGGGAAUGGACCACUGCUUAAAGUCCCCAGAUUAGUCAUGGAAAAGCAGCAAUCACCAGAUGGAAUUUUCCUGUACAAAAGCAACAAGUUCGCAGCCAGUUCUCAAAGAAUUGCCACAAGUGAAGGACUAGAUUUCUCCAGCAGCUUAGUAGAGAAACAGCAGCUUAUCAAAAGCAGGCAUCAGUCCCCUCCUGGAAGACCCCAUACCCUCAGAAAUCAAGCCUCACAAGUGUUCCCAGACAACACCAAUAUUUCUCAAAGGGCAGGAGUGUCUUUUUCAUUCUCCAAAAAGGUCCCUUCGAAGCUUGAGUCCUCGGCAUCAGUCUUCAGUGAGAAUUCUGAAGAAGGAAAUGAUUGUAGUGACUCCCCCAACCCUAAAACAAAGCAAAAUGUUGAUGGCUAUUGUUCUGGAACACUUUUGGAGGAGGACAUGAAAGCAAGCUUAGAUAAAGGGCCACCUAUUACACAAGACCAAAUGGAUUUGGAUAACUGUGCAUCAAGUCGCGUAGCUAUAAAACCUAAAAUGCUAAAGGAAAACUAUAAAAGUAGUGAUAGAGAAUUAGAAGAAAAGGUUGGUGCUAAUCCUUUAUUUUCUAAAGUCAAAAUACAGCUUUCACAUUUGGAUUUUUCUGGCUUACAUAGAGAAACAGAGCAAGAGAGCAAAUUGAAUGAGUCUGAGCAAGUAUUUGAAACUCUCAUUUCACCUUCAUGCCAAGGUAGCAACUUUUGUACACAGCCAAACAUCUACAAGCACAGCAAUGCCCACCUGUCUGACCAGUUACUUGAGCUUCAACAACAGCGAGAAGCUCAGCUGGCAUGCACAAGAAGUAUUAAUAGCAAUCUUGGGGUGGAAAAAAGAGAAAGAUCUUUGGAGAACUCAGAAACCACAAAUAGGAAUAUAGAAACACUUCCAAGGAAGAGAAUGGUUAAAGAUUCUAAGCCCCAGGCAUCGCCUUUCCUCCAUGUAGUGAGCAAAGAUGGCACCACGGCUCUGCAGUGGCCCACAGAAUUACUUUUGUUUACAAAAACGGAGCCCUGUAUUUCAUAUGGCUGUAAUCCAUUGUAUUUUGACUUCAGACUCUCUUUAAACCACAGAGAUGGUAAACAGCAUGAAACAAACAAAGCAACCUGUAAAGCACCCUCAAUAAAUAAGACUGCAGAUGAAAAUGAAGCCUCAGGUUUAAUACAACACAAGCAAAUGUCAAAUGAACAAGAUAAUCAGUUGUUGAAACCAAAGAAGAUGAAAGGUUCCCUAAAUCCAAGAAAGGCCAAGCAAAAAGCAAAGUCAAGCAUAGGGAAAGNAAUGAAUGAAAAUGGUAAAAAAUGCAUUGCAGAUUAUUUGCAUGAGAGUAUACCUAAAGUGCCUGCAUACCUUGAUUUCUCACAAAAAUAUUACAUGCCAGAAAAAAGUCUUCAUACAACAACACUGAGAAGACCUUUAAAGCAUCAUUUUCAUAGCUGUGAAAGAAAAAAACAGAACACUAGAAAUGAAAGCAUUUCCUUUUCUGCUUUUAUGUCUAGGAUUAAAAAGUCUAAAGCUGCAAAAUGUCAUUUAAUUUGUUCUGAGGAAAAGCAUGAAAACCGAAGUGACUGCAGAUCUGUUCGAGAUGUGGCCAGCUGCAGCAGUGAUAUAAGUGACAGUGGAAAAGAUUCUAGUGGAAGCUUCCUUAGUUAUAAAUCCAGUUCAAACAGCAGACAUUCAGAAAAUGAAGAAUAUGGAAGCUACAUGAGGUGCUGGAGUUUCCCAUCUCCUCAAAAGUCCUCCUCUGACACAUAUUCCAGCUUUUCUGACACUUCAACUAGCAGUACGAGUAGCUACAUGAGCUACACGAGUGCCACAAUGAACAAUCACAGCAGAAAUCAUUUCCUUUUUUGCUGUAAAAGAAAAAGCAAGACAGCUGAAAGGCACAAAUGGAAACACAGAAAGCACAAUUUUAUUUUCACUUCUGAUUAUACAGAUGAGGAUUAUCUUUGUUGUAGUAGAAGUCACAGAACUAGAGAUUGCACACAGUCUCUAGUUAAAUAUCGAAAAUAUCAAAGAUCUUCAAGACAUAAAGUUUUACAGCACAGAGACAGAUCUAAACACAGCAGAUGUAGACGCCAGCAUUUUGGCAAACUGCAUAGAAGUAGAAGCUGCCAUAGCUCCAAAAGCAGCUCCAUCAGAGAUUCAAGAAGCAGUGAGAGAUCAUCUAGUAGCAGAAUAUCAAGAGGCAGCAGUUCAGGAUUCUUCUCAAAAGUGACUGACAACUGUGACAACAAAAUGAAAGAGGACACAGAAAGAAGCUCUAAAACUGAACCAGGAAAAGCUGAAACUGCAAAUUAUAACUCUCUGAAUAUGAAUGGUCAGUCAAAAAAAUUUGCCACCUGCUCUUCUAAAGCUCUUGCAAAUGAUGUGUGUGGAAAUAGAAAGUCACUGACAGCCAAGUUACUUUUAGAAAGAGUGCAAUCCAAGAAAACCCAAGAACAAAUGCAAGAUUCAGAGAGAUUUUCAAACACUUGUGGGGUAGAGUUGAAGGAUCACUCACAAAGUUACUUUGCUCUUCAGUUUUCAUCAUCAGUAGAUGAAGUUGCAAUGUUACCUUCACCAGAAAAACUGCUAAGAAUAGGUAAAAAUGACACGGGACAUAAUGAAAUCAGUUCAUUGGAAACCAGUGUGAAGAACAACUUUGAAGCAUCAGAGAUAACGGAUGUUGCUCUCUCAACAGGCACUGAUUAUGAUAAUUGUCUUUUUAAAGACAUAAUUCAACUAGGAACAGGCUAUCAGAGCCCAAGCAUAAAAAGGAACUCAGCAAUAAAGGAACAAACCAAUGUCUUCAUUAGUGAAGUACAACCCUUUAUACGAAGCUGUGACCCAGUACCAAAUGCUUUCCCUGGUGCUUUUCCCUCUAAUAGAUAUUCUGUUGUUGCUAAUUCAACGGACACCAAAGAACUACAUGAUGUAAACCUGAACUUGAACUGGGCAGAAGGCAGUUUGGACUCUCUUUGUGAUGAUGCUAUGCAGAAGUAUGAUGACACAGUAAAUGACCCAGAAUUGUACAGUAAAUCCACCUCCCCUCCUUUACCGCAGCAGCCUAUCACGUUUUCACCAGAGGAAGUAGACAAAUACAGGUUGCUGCAGCUGCAAGCCCAGCAGCAUAUGCAGAAACAACUUCUGGCAAAACACCUAAAAGUUUUGCCUGCCCCAGGACCAGCUGCCUUCUCUGCAACACCAGCAGUUCCUGCCUUCCCUGUUCCACAGCAUGCUACUGUCACCACCAUCCACCACACAAUGCUGCAACGCUUUGCUGUCUCAGCAUCUGUACAUCCCCAUGGCAGCCAUCUCUCCCUGGCACACCUCCACCCCCUCUCUCAGGCACAUUUCACCCCGAUAUCACUUUCCCCAUUAGUGCCAGCCCUUAUUCCCACCCACCCUGCUUUCCUGACAGAACACCCAUUGCACUUAGUCUCCGCCACUCCCCUCCACCCGUCCCCACUGACGUCCCCUACACUGCCACACACUGCAUAUAUCCCAGCUUUAUUUACACCACACCUAAAUGCAGCCACACCUUCUGCUAUACAUCCAAAUCCCUUAGUUCAUCCAAUAUUUCAAGGGCAUGACCCCCAUCACCAUUCUUGCUCUAGCCAGACCCAACAGUUACCUACAAUAAAAGAAGUUUUCAGUGUUUCUAGCUAUUUAAACUAG